AUGCAACCAACAACCAAUACUCAAUCACCGUUCAAUCCCAUCACUGUUAUUGUACCAAAUGGCGCCAUCAAGGGACCCACCGAUGACGGUAAUGCCGAUAAAGCCACAUUUCAAUGUCAUAUUCGUACAGUUCUAGCAUUAUUUGUAGAAGCAAAAUAUAUAAAUAAAAUGCCAAGAUAA